GCAGCCGGGGCGUGUCGGCGAGCGGUGGGCUUUCCUUGUGGUGGAGCAGCGUGGGCACACAGCAGAGUGUUCGGGAUCCGAAAACCGACUUAAUUCUGCGACGUCAUCUAGAGCCGAUUCAGAAUGGAUUCUUCUUUGAGAGGUGCUCAAAUCCGCCAGAGGUUCGUCGACUUCUUCUCUCGCUAUGAGCACCGGUACGUGCAUUCGUCAUCCACCAUCCCGCUGGAUGACCCCACGCUGCUGUUCGCCAACGCCGGCAUGAAUCAGUUCAAGCCCAUCUUCCUCAACACUAUUGACCCAUCCCACCCCAUGGCGAGGCUACGUCGCGCAGCUAACACCCAAAAGUGUAUCCGUGCGGGAGGAAAACACAACGACCUGGACGAUGUGGGUAAAGACGUUUACCAUCACACCUUCUUCGAAAUGUUGGGGUCCUGGUCCUUCGGGGACUACUUCAAGCAUCUGGCCUGCAAGAUGGCCCUGGAGCUGCUGACCGAGGAGUUUGGCAUUUCCAUUGACCGCCUGUACGUCACCUACUUCGGUGGCAACGACGACGCUGGGCUGGAGGCUGACUUGGAGUGCAAAGAAAUCUGGAUGGCUCUCGGGAUGGAGGAAGCUCGCAUCCUGCCAGGCAGUAUGAAGGAUAACUUCUGGGAGAUGGGAGACACUGGCCCCUGCGGUCCUUGCAGUGAGAUCCACUACGACCGCAUUGGCGGGAGAGACGCCUCCCACCUGGUGAACAUGGAUGACCCAAACGUCCUGGAGGUGUGGAACCUGGUGUUCAUUCAGUUCAACAGAGAGUCUGAGACGACGCUGAAGCCGCUGCCGAAGAAGAGCAUCGACACGGGGAUGGGCCUGGAGCGCUUGGUGUCUGUGCUGCAGAACAAGAUGUCCAACUAUGACACUGACCUCUUCGUUCCAUAUUUUGAAGCGAUUCAGAAGGGUACCGGCGCUCGGCCGUACACCGGCAAAGUAGGCGCCGAGGACGCCGACGGCGUCGACAUGGCGUACCGCGUGCUGGCCGAUCACGCGCGCACCAUCACCGUCGCCCUUUCAGACGGCGGGCGGCCCGACAACACCGGAAGAGGCUACGUUCUGCGGAGAAUCCUGCGCCGCGCCGUACGUUAUUCCCAUGAGAAGUUGGGCGCUCAGAGAGGUUUUUUCGCCUCGCUGGUGGAUGUGGUGGUCCAUUCUCUGGGGGACGCGUUUCCCGAAUUGAAGAAAGACCCAGAAAUUGUGAAGGACCUUAUAAAUGAGGAGGAGGCACAGUUCCUCAAAACUCUCAGCAGGGGGCGACGUAUCCUCGAUCGGAAGAUCAUGAGUAUGGGAGACAGUAAAACCAUCCCAGGCGACACCGCGUGGCUGUUGUACGACACGUACGGCUUCCCUCUGGACUUGACCUCCCUCAUCGCGGAGGAGAAAGGCAUGGUGGUGGACUUGGCCUCCUUUGAGGAGGAGAAGAAGGCCGCACAGUUGAAGUCCCAGGGUAAGGGUGCAGGAGAUGUGGACCACAUCAUGUUGGACAUCUAUGCCAUCGAAGAGCUGAGAAAUAGGAAUAUCCCCGCCACAGAUGAUUCUCCCAAAUACAAAUACGCCUCUGAUGAAAAUGGCACCUACGAGUUCCCGCAGACGUCGGGCACGGUGUUGGCCCUGCGCCGCGACCGCGCCUUCUGCGACCAAGUGACCACGGGUCAGAAAUGCGGCGUGCUGCUGGAUCAGACGUCUUUCUACGCCGAGCAGGGCGGCCAGACGUUUGACGAGGGCUACUUACUUCGAGAGGAUGAUAACACAGAGGACCGCAUGGAAUUCUCCGUGACGAACACGCAGGUUAGAGGAGGUUAUGUUCUCCACGUGGGCACCAUUUAUGGAACUUUGACGGUCGGAGACCGUGUCACCUUACACGUGGACGAGGCUCGUCGUAGGCCCGUCAUGAGCAACCACACUGCUACGCACAUCCUCAACUUUGCUCUAAGAGGAGUUUUGGGCGAGGCAGACCAGAGGGGGUCCUUGGUGGCGUCAGACCGACUUCGCUUUGACUUUACUGCUAAAGCCGCCCUGAGCACGGGCGAGGUCCGGCGGACAGAGGAGAUCGCCUGUGCUAUGAUAAGGGAUGCCAAGCCUGUUUACGCCAUGGAUGCCUCCCUCGCUGAAGCCAAGGCCAUUCAGGGUCUGCGCGCUGUGUUCGAUGAGACGUACCCCGACCCUGUCCGGGUGGUGUCCGUCGGCGUCCCUGUUCAGGACCUGCUGGAUGACCCCGACGGUGCCGCCGGUUCCCUCACCUCGAUUGAGUUUUGCGGUGGAACCCACCUGCAGAACUCCGCUCAUGCUGCGCCAUUUGUCAUCGUCUCAGAGGAGGCCAUCGCUAAGGGCGUUCGUCGCAUUGUUGCGGUGACGGGAAGCGAGGCUCAGAAGGCUCAGAGGAAAGCAGACACGCUGAACCAAGCGCUGGCAGCCCUGGCAGACAAAGUCAAGCAGCAAACCGUACCCAACAAGGAUGUGCAGAAAGAGAUUGCAGACGUGACGGAGUCGAUCGGCACUGCAGUGAUCUCGCAGUGGCGGAAGGAUGAGAUGAGGGAGACCCUAAAGGGCUUAAAGAAGACCAUGGAUGACCUGGACCGCUCCUACAAGGCGGACAUCCAGAAGAGAGUCCUGGAGAAGACCAAGGAGGUGAUCGAGAGCAACCCCAAUCAAGCACUGCUGGUGAUGGCGAUGGAGACUGGCGCCUCAGCCAAGGCUCUCAAUGAGUGCCUGAAGGUGCUGAAGUCCAACUCCCCUCAGACCGCCGCCAUGCUCUUCGCCGUGGACCCUGAUGCCAGCAAGGUCAUCUGCCUGUGUGAAGUCCCUCAGGAAAAAGCCAACCGUGGACUGAAGGCCAACGAGUGGGUUCAGAAGUUGUGCCCCCUGAUGGACGGUAAAGGAGGCGGCAAGGACAUGUCAGCACAGGCCGCUGGUCGCAACACACAGUGUCUGCAGGAGGCGCUGCAGAUGGCCAAGCGGUUUGCAACGCUCAAGCUGGGAGAGAAUUAAGAUACGGGCUAAGAGGGAGGAAGAGGAGCCAGUCAAGUGUCAUGUGCUAUAAAUAAAUGGGGAAGAUUGGAGCAUCAGCUCAUCUGCUCCUUUAAAUCUGAUUAGGAACGGAAGAGCACUGGUUCUUGCUGACGACGCGGUGGUGGCGACUUUCGGGAGCGGAUUUGUUAAUUUAGCGCCCUCAAAAUGUAUAUCUGUGGGAAUGACACAUUUUAAAUGAGUUAAUGGCAACAUCUCAUGGCGUACGUACACUGACGGGACAUCGCAGGCAGCGUAGAUGGCCUGUGAUUUCUUUUGCAUGCUCGCGUACAGACGACAGGAAAGGGAUUUACAAUCCCGGAGUUUGACUCGGGUAGUGCAGAAAUGUGACAAUUUUCUGUUUUGAGCAUUAACUUCCAAUCUGUGCAGCCCUUCUCUUAUUCAUUGCAGUCUUGUAAAUGUCCAAACAUCCCUGAAAGCACUUUGUCUUCCUGACGAAUUGGCCAACAAUUCGCAAUGCUUUAGCUCAGCCUCAUUGUUCGGAAACUUUGUGUCAGCUGCCUAAACUCAGGGCCAUGGCGCAGUCAGUCCCUUUUGUGCGAGUCAGAUGAUUGGAUGAACUGGAGCGGUAUCAUUGCUUGUGAAAUGAAGAAACCCUCAGGUCACAAGUGCUAACGGUCCAAUCUAGUAAAUCACUAACUUUGUAUGUCCUGUGCAAAGGAUCAUGUUCUGCUUUCAGUAUAUGUAACUUCAUUUUUUUUUUUAUCACGUCAAUGCGCAGUAUUUAAAUUGUCGUAUCAAAGCUGUUCCGUGGGAUUCGAAUAAAUUGUUCUGCCCUGC